GAGCGAAUGGAGGAGAAGCGGCGCCGCAAGGCGUCUAAGCUGCACUGCAUGGCGCGCUACAACGACCUGAUGACGCAGUCGGACAAGGACUUCAUAACCAGAAUUCAGGUUUCGCAGCUUGUGACACAGGACCCCUUCAACGACGACUUCUACGCUCAGGUUUAUGCCGCAAUUGUACGUUCGCGCAUGGGGCUGCACGCGCAGGAUGAGCGGGUGCUCAAGUUCGGGAACGUGGGCGGCGUUGGGCUCGGGUUCUCGCAGAAUCAUAGGAGCAGGCGUCCGAAUGCGAUGCAGCGGAUGGAGCAGCAAGUUGAGCGGAUCAUCAGCAAUGCGCGCAAACGAGAGGAGGAAAAGAGUCAACACUCUCUUCACGCACUUCAGGGCGCACUCGGCAAGACUUCGGGCAGGAGUUACAAGGCUGCACCGCGGCAAUUGCUGCAGGUCGACUCUGCUGGCUCGGAUGCGCACGCGCAUAUCUCCAAAGACGACGCGAAGGACGCUGCUGCUGAGGCGGCAAAGCUUGGCCGCGAGGCUUUGGGGAUCACUGGCGAGAGCAACGGCAUAGUGGCAAGGAAGCCCUUCACGACUCGCGAGGUCUUGAUGCGUCUUGAGCACCUAUACGACGUUGUCAUGCAAGCUGAGCGUUUGAACAAUUCGCGCGUGGAGGAGGGUGAGGAGGGCUUUGAAGAGUGGCAAGCGGAGUACGACAAGAUUCGCGAGCGGCUUGCCAACGGUAUCGAGCUGUCGGUUCCACUUGAGGCUUGCGACCCUCCGCCCUUCAUCUCCCUCCUUGGACCGACCAAGGGCAAGCGCCUGCUUCCGCGAUUGACGAGGCACCUCAGCACGGAGACCUCGCUGGCGAUGGUAGCGCUACUCAUUGCCGGGUUUGACAAGCUUGACGUCGUGCGGAAUGCGCCCCUUUUGGACCUUCCUCCGGGUACGCCAGGGCAGGCUGAGGCCGAGGCGCAGACGCAGGCUUUUCUCUUGAGCGUCAUGCAGUCCCUCCUUCCCAUUGUCGCCAAUUUGGAGCUACGUCUUGUAACCGGCAUGCUGAGUGUCCUUGUUACGCGUACAGAUGUGCCCGCCAUUGCUCGUAGCAGGCCUGGCCUCGCGCUCUUCACGCUGCUGCUCAGUCGUGUGGAGGUCAUCCGCGAACAGUCUACCAGCGGUGCCGUCGCUACACCGGCGGAUGAGGACUGGUCUUCCUUCCAUACGAUCUACGCGCACUUCGUCGAGCUCCUGUUGCCCUAUCUCCCUAGCCUCUUCCCCUCUAUGCGCCAGCAGGCUCCGGCGGGUGAGCGCAUGCGCACUGACGUGAUUGACCAACCAGUGUGGCAGUUCCUCGCCGCGCUCUUCAUUCUCGCGCAGGGCGAGCAAACGACGGCACUACUUGCGGCCGUGAGGCACAAGGUCCUUGACGAGGUCAGCAUGGUGAAGAAAGGCUGGGUGGCGGACGAGGAAGAGGCGACGACGAAGAUCAACAAUGUCAACCUGGUACUGCACUCCUUGGGCCUGGACGCGACGCAGAUUAGCGUGUUGCAGUAAUGAUGAACGACGCCGCAAAACGACGGGUGAUGAUGUUUUGUUAUGAUUUACCUAGCUACAUAACCGUACAGCAUUUAACACUUGCUAGACGCUGAGUUGCGUGUGUCGUGGAUGUGUACUCUAGGCCAAAUGUUUGUCCAAUUGCGCCUUGUAUGUAAUGCUACAAUUGCCGUGGAAUUUG